AAUUAAGGACCUGUCUUAGAACAUCUAAACUAUAUAUAAGCGCGAAAAUUUAACUUCAAGAAAUCAUUAAUAUCUGAAGAUGGCAAAUUAUCUGUUACUUUUAGCUCCAGCACUUCUUGCAACUGUGUACAGUGCCUGCCAAUCCGGAUGGCGACCGUAUAACGGCCAUUGUUAUAGGUUUCAGACUGACAAAGAAAGUUGGACAAAUGCACGGCAAAUGUGUCUAUGGCAUAAAAGUCACCUAAUUAACAUAGAUGACGCUGCAGAGCAAAAAUGGUUUCAUGACCAAGCGUUGACUUUCAAUCAUACUGAUGGAGAUAAUGGUUUCUGGCUUGGCGGAACCAACUGGAACAAUGAUGCAAAUUGGAUAUGGGAAAUAGUUCAUAAACCGAUAACUUAUACUAACUGGGAUGCCAGCCAACCAAAUAAUAGAGAUAACAGUGAACUAUGUAUGGCGUCUAUAAAACUGUUUGAUUAUAGGUGGAGUGACGAGUUUUGUGAAUGGGAUGUUCUUCAAUAUGUAUGUGAGCAAAGUGAAGGAGGUGACCCAAUUAUCGGAUAGUCUGUGAAACAUGUAUAAUACAUGUCUAUUAUUCUAUGUAUAAAAUAUGUAUUAAAUAAAAUUCACAAAAAA